AUGGAGGUCACAGAGCUCUCACAUCAGCCAGUCGAGAAGAACGGCCAAUCUGAUUCCGUCACGCAGGCGAACUCCAAAGAUGAGGCCGUAGCAGAGGGCAUCAGCGACAAACGAUACUCCAAGGUAUCAGUCCUGCUCAUGGUGAUAUUUUCCGGCCUGGCAAUUGGAUCCGACGGAUUCAACGCGUCCAUCAUCGGCAACCUCGAGCUGAUCAUGGCGGUCAUCUAUCCCCAUUCCUUGACCACGGCCGUGGCAUCCCGCCUGUCAAAUGCGUUCAUGGUCGGCAUGAUCAUCGGUAUGCUGUCCUUUGGCUACAUAGCCGACAAGAUGGGCCGCAAGACCGGGGCCAUUCUGACUACAGCCCUGCUCGUGCUGGGCAUCGCGUUGAGCGCAGGAGCCAGCGGGGUGACCCCGGAGGGCAUGUUCUGGAUGUUGAUCAUUGCGCGAGGCAUCGCUGGGGUGGGAGCUGGAGGAGAGUACCCCGUCGCAGGUGCCGGCGCCGUCGAGGCAACAGACGAGAACUCCGCCGUGCGCAAGAACCGAGGCUUCAUCUUCGCCAUGAUCGGAGACCUGUCUGCCGAUCUGGGCUUCGCAUUCGGCUCCUUGGUUCCCCUGCUCGUGCUGCUCUGCUUCCAUCAGCAAGUUCGGCACUACGAGGCUGUCUGGCGCGUCUCGCUGGCCCUGGGGAUCAUUCCGCCGCUGUCGAUCUUCUGGUUUCGCUACCGGAUGACCACCAGCUCGGCGUAUAGAAAGAGCUCGAUGCGCAAACAGAGGAUCCCCUACUGGCUGGCCGUCAAGAGAUACUGGCGCCCGCUGCUGGGCGUCUGCGCGUCGUGGUUCAUCUACAACUAUAUCUCCUACCCCUUUGGCCUGUUCUCGUCCACCAUCCUCACGCGCGUCAACGCAGGCUCAUCGCUCACGCUCAAUAUGGCCUGGGGCACCCUCAUCAACUGCUUCUACGUACCGGGUCCGUUCAUCGGCGGCUACCUCUCCGACCGCAUCGGCCGUCGCCGCACGAUGGCGCUGGGGUACCUGCUGCAAGCCCUCCUGGGGUUCAUCCUCGGGGGCGCGCUGGGACCGAUCCAGACCGUCCUGCCGCUGUUCAUCGUCCUGUACGGCAUCUUCCUCACCCUGGGCGAGGUCGGCCCCGGUUCGACCAUCGUCCUGACCGCCAGCGAGAGCUUCCCCACGGCGGUGCGCGGCCAUGCCGUCGGCUUCGCAGCUGCCUGGAGCAAGGCCGGCGCGGCGAUCGGGACGCAAGUCUUUAAGCCGAUCCUCGCGCAUUGGGGAGACGAUGAUUUUCGAGGCACGCAGGCGGUGUUCCUCAUCGGGUCUGGUUUUGCGGUCUUGGGCGCGCUGGUGGCGUGGUUCGUCAUCCCGGACCCGGAGCGGAAUCUCGAGAAUGGAGACGACGAGUGGAAGGAAUACUUGCGGGCGCAUGGCUACGAGAAUAUUGAAUGGGGGGACCAGGAGACACCUGAUCCGGUUCCCAAGACGGAUGUGCUAGGCAGUUAG